CAGGCAAAAAUUUUCACUAAUCUGGUUUACAUAAUCAUAAUUGAGUCAUAUUAUCCUCAAAUACUUCACUAUUUUGGACUUUGAAAAACUGGGGCGUUUUCAUCCAAGUGCCCCUUUAACUAUUUACCAUGACGAACCUCAUAGCUAUCAAGACCAUGGACCUCAAGACAUCCCUCGCUCUUCUGUUCGUAGUUGUUUUUUGUGUCUUGAAUGCAACUACUUCUCCUGUCAACCAGGAAGGACUACGACAUGCGAAAGACGAAAAAAAGGAUGUCAUGGAAACCAAGCGUCAAGAGUGUCACAAGCUACACCAGCCCUGUACGCUUGGAGACUACAGCGCAUGCUCGGGAACCUGCAAUGGGAAGUAUAUGAUGUGUGGGGGCUCACAAAAUGCUGACGGCUCUUGGAAAUUCGCUUGUGUACUACAAGUAUUUAUACCGUGAUUUGACGCAGACUUUGGGGACUUUAUAAGACAUUUUUAUCGAGAAAACUUUGGGGACUUUGUAAGACAUUUUUAUCGAGGAAAAUAUGCUAUUUUAGCAUUGAGAUAAAUAAUCGAAUAAGGAACUGAUUAAGUAUGUUCAUGUUGUGUUGUAUUUUGAAUGAGUAAAUAAAUAAGAGAUUGAAAUAAAACUAAAACGCAAAUCA